AUAAUCAAUAUAAAAAUAUUAUAAAUAAUGAAACCAGUCAAUCAAUUAAAAGGUUUUUUUUUUAAAUAUAUUAUUUUUAAAUAUUAAUCAAAGGAUAUAAAGAUUUAGUGUAAUAAAACAAAAAAGAUCUUCAAAGUAAUAAGAUAACAGAUGAAGAAUUAAUAAACGAAUUAAAAGUAAGAAAUCUCCCUGUAUAUGGAACUCGAUAGGAAAAACUUGAUCGUAUAUAAAUAAAUCCAAAUAACAAUAUCAAUUAAAUCCAGCAAAAUGAAUAAAUAAACAAUAAUAAUAAUGAAUAAUUAAAAAAACAAGCAUAUAAAGAUCCCACAGUAGAAAAGAUACAAAAAAUGGAAAAAUAACGAGAAGAACGUCGUUUAAAAGCAGAAGAAUAAAAAAGAGAUCGUGAUAACCAAAUAUUAGAAAACUAAGCAUUAGGGAAAAACAUAGAUGUUGAUUUUGAUAAUAUGAUAAAAAGAAAUCGUUUUAAAGAUCCUUUAUAAUAACCCCAUACUCCAUCUUCUCAUUUAAAAUUAUGUGUAUGUGUUCGAAAAAGGCCAAUAUUUAAAAAAGAAGAAGUAAAUGGGGAAAUAGAUUCAGUUUCAGUAUCGAACCCUUAGAUAAGAGUUUUAGCUCCAAAGUUAAAAGUAGAUGGAAUCACGAAAUAUAUAGAUAAUUCAGAUUUUACAUUUGAUAAUACUUUUAAUGAAAGUGAAGAUACUUUUAGUGUUUAUAAGUAUUCACUUAGACCUCUUUUAGAACAUGUAUUAGAAAAUGGAGUUAUUACUUGCUUUGCUUAUGGAUAAACUGGUUCGGGAAAAACAUUUACAAUGAAAGGAAUUUAAGAAUAAUUUGUCAAUGAUUUAUAUAAGCUUAUUUAACAUGAAAAUUAUGCAAGUAAAAAAGGUAGAUUCUUUAUUUCUUUCUUUGAAAUCUAUGGAGGAAGGUGUUAUGAUUUACUUAAUAAUAAAUAAUAAUUAAUAAUUUUAGAAGAUAAAAGUGGUUAAAUAUAAAUAUAAAAUUUAUUUGAAAAAGAGGCUACUUCAGCUGAAUAAAUGAUUAGUAUUAUUGAAUUUGCAAACAAUGUUAGAACGUAAUUUUUUUAUAUUUUUUUUAUACUCAUUUUAAUUUAUAAAAGUACUCAUGCUACUGAAGCUAAUGAUACUUCUUCACGUUCUCAUGCUAUUUGUCAAAUCAAAAUAAAAAAUGAAAAAGAUAUUGUAAAAGGUUAGGUUAUUCUAGUUGAUUUAGCAGGAUCUGAAAGGGCUUAAGAUUGCUAAAGUAAUAAUAGAUAAAGAAGAAUUGAAGGGGCAGAAAUCAAUAAAAGGUAUUUUUUUUAAAUAAAUUAUUAUAUUUUAUUUAAAUAUAGUUUACUUGCUUUAAAAGAAUGUAUUAGAGCUAUGGAUAUGGGAGCAAAUUAUAUACCUUUUAGGGCUUCUAAAUUAACUUUGGUCUUAAGAGAUUCCUUUUAUUCAAAAUAAAAUAGUUCGAAAAUAGUUAUGAUUGCAUGUAUUUGUCCUAACUCUUCUUCAGCUGAGCAUACAUUAAACACAUUAAGGUAAUGUUAAAUUAUUUAAAAAUUUAAUUAUAUAAAAUAAAGAUAUGCAGAUAGAUUAAAAGAAAAUAAAAAUGCAGUAGUAAAAAAUGAUGUAAUAUAAUAAAAUUUAGCUUAAUAACAUAAUCUAGACAAAAUGUUAGAAGAAAAAGGAAAAGACUCGCGCAGCGAUUCUAAUAUUGGUGGUGAAAACAGUAAUAAAAAAAGGAUAGCUUAAAAAAUUGAAGAAGAAAAUCUGAAAUAAUAACAAAUAAAAUAAUAAUAACAAGAAAAUAAUAAUAAAUAAAUAAAAAGAGGACAAUCUACAAAUAUACCUACGAAUAAUAAACAAAAGCUUAGUAACUGUGCAAGUAAUAAUAAUAAUAUCAGUAAAAAUAAUUAUUCGGAUGAAGAUUUAGAUUCCCCAAAAAUAAGCAAAUAAGUAAAAGAUGAUGUUCGUUGUAUGAAAGAAACUCUUAAAAUGGAUGAUAAAAAUAAAAUGUCAAAUGAGUUUUUUGAUUUCCAUGAAAAAGUGAACGCAAUUUUAGAAGAACAAGAAGAAAUUUUUGCUACUCAUAUGGCUUCCAUUAAAGAAGAUGCAAAAUUAUUAACUUAAGAAAGUGAAUUGAUUUCUAGUGUUUAAGGAUUCGGAUUUAUGGAUUUUGAUAUUGAUGUUUAUGUCAAAAAACUAGAUGGUGUUAUUAAGAAAAAGUUAAAAAUGUAUAAUUUGUUGUAAAAAAAGUUAGAUUCUUUUAAAAAUCAUCUUAAAGAAGAAGAAGAAAUCAGCUAAAAAGUUAAAGAAACAUUUUAUUUUUGA